AUGACGAGCAAAAUUCCUAAAGACGUUAUGGCUAAGGAGAUUGAGGACAUGCUGCGGUAUAGUCUGAAAAUCCGUCGUAGGAAGUUUCUGGAGACUGUUGAGCUUCAAGUAGCUCUGAAAAACUAUGAUCCUCAGCGAGAUCGUCGUUUUGCAGGCACCAUUAGGCUUAAGCACACACCGCGGCCGAAGUUUUCUGUGUGUGUUUUGGGCGAUCAGCAGCAUUGUGACGAGGCCAAGGCUAAUAAUAUUCCCUGCAUGGAUGUCGACGAGCUGAAGAAGCUAAAUAAGGACAAAAAGCUCGUUAAAAAGCUUAGUAAGAAGUAUCAGGCUUUUCUCGCCAGUGAGAGCGUUAUACGACAAAUACCGAGGAUUUUGGGUCCCGGUCUUAACAAGGCGGGUAAAUUUCCUACUGCCGUUUCGCACCAGGAACCCCUCCUACUGAAGGUUGAGGACACUCGAGCUACCAUUAAGUUCCAAAUGAAGAAGGUUCUCUGUCUUGGUGUUGCGGUUGGUAAUGUGGGAAUGACAAAGGAACAAUUGCAGCAAAACAUUACUCUUGCGAUUAACUUCCUUGUUUCCCUUCUUAAGAAGAAUUGGCAGAACGUCCGCGCGCUGUACAUCAAGACGACCAUGGGGCCACCCCAUCGCCUUUACUAA